GCUCCUCCCUCCACCUUGCACAGUAGCGGCUCCUCCUUCUCCAUCUUUUCCUGCUCACUCUGUGCCUCUGUCUCCUAGGUACAGCAUGUAUGUGAUCAUAUCUGAGCGUGUGUGCCUGUGUUUACAUGCCAUCCUCCAUCUGAGAGCCCAAUGUCUGCAUCUAGAGGAGCCGACCCCGCUGGCGCUCCCUUCUAAAUGGUUCCUGUGUCUUUAGGGGUUUUCCCUAUGACUGUCUUCAAAGGCCCGAGAAUCUCUCUCCAGCACUCAAAGGCAAUUUGGAUUUAACACCAAUCGUGGCAGCAUGGAAUAGCCCAACGGUCGGAUUCUCUGCAUGACGAUUGUGCAGGUAACCAGCAGGAUGGCGGCUGGCGAGGCAGGGGGGUCCAACUACCUGGUGGCCUGCUGGCAGCCCAUCCUGAUCCUGAUGCUGGGCACCGUGCUCUCCGGCUCUGCCACGGGCUGCCCGUCUCGCUGUGAGUGCGUUGGCCAGGAGCGCUCAGUCGCGUGCCAUCGGCGUAAGCUCAUAGCGCUCCCCGAAGGGAUCCCCAUCGAGACGCGACUGUUAGACCUCAGCAAAAACCGCCUGAAGACCAUCAAUCCAGAGGAGUUUAUCAACUAUCCCCACCUGGAGGAGCUGCAGCUGAAUGAGAACAUAAUCUCCGUCAUUGAGCCGGGAGCCUUCAACAAUCUUUAUGGCUUGCGGACGUUGGGCCUGCGAAACAAUAAGCUUAAGCUCAUUCAGCUGGGUGUCUUUACAGGAUUAAGCAACCUGACCCAUCUGGACAUCAGCGAGAACAAGAUUGUCAUUCUGCUGGACUACAUGUUUCAGGACCUGUACAACCUGAAGUCGCUGGAGGUGGGAGACAACGACCUGGUCUUCAUCUCCCACCGAACCUUCCAUGGCCUCAGUGGCCUGGAGCAGCUCACCAUAGAGAAGUGUAACUUGACCUCUCUGCCCAAAGAGGCCUUAAGCCAUGUCCAUAACCUGCUGACACUGAGGCUGCGGCAUCUCAACAUCAAUGCCAUUCGGGAUCACUCCUUCUGGAAACUCUAUCGCCUACAGGUGCUGGAGAUAGCACACUGGCCACUCCUGGAUACUAUGACCCCAAAGUCUCUCUAUGGGCUCAACAUCACUACCUUGUCAAUCACCCACUGCAAUCUCACAGCCGUCCCUUAUCAGGCUAUUCGCCACCUAGUUUACCUUCGCACUCUCACUUUGUCUUUCAAUCCUAUUCAUACUAUUGAAGGGAACCUACUGCACCACCUGCUCAGGCUUCAGGCCUUUCAUUUGGUAGGGGGUAGACUGGCCACGAUCGAGCCGUACUCCUUCAGAGGGCUUAACUACCUUAAAGUUCUCAACGUGUCAAGCAAUAUCCUCAGCACUUUAGAGGAAUCUGCCUUUCACUCAGUGGGCAACCUGGAGACCUUAGCGCUCCAUGAUAACCCCUUGGCCUGCGACUGCCGUCUCCUGUGGGUGUUUCGCCGACGCUGGAGGCUCAACUUUAAUCGUCAGCAGCCCACGUGCGCCUCGCCGGAGUUUGUGCAAGGCAAGGAAUUCAAGGAUUUCCCUGACGUUCUGCCAGCCAAGUAUUUCACCUGCCUUAAGUCAAAGAUCCGGGACCGCAAGGCCCAGCACAAAUUUGUGGAUGAGGGAACCACGGUUCAUUUUGCAUGUCAAGCCGACGGUGAUCCAGCCCCGGUGACCAUAUGGCAAACGCCACGGAAGCAGUUCAUCACCAUCAAAACCAUUGGGCGACUCAGCGUAUCCCCGGAUGGCACCCUGGAGGUGCGCUAUGCCCAAAUCCAAGACAAUGGCACAUACACGUGCAUCGCCAGCAAUGCAGGGGGAAAUGACACCCGGCUUGCCCACUUGCAUGUGCAGAGCUAUUCCCCCAACUGGCCCCAUCAGCCAAAUAAAACAUUAGCCUUCAUUUACAAUCAGCCCAGUGACAGUGGAGCCAAUGCCACCACAGGAAUGGUGCCCUUCCCAUUUGACGUGAAAACUCUGAUCAUUGCCACCACGAUGGGAUUUAUUUCAUUCCUCGGCGUUGUGCUCUUUUGUCUUGUUCUCCUCUUCCUCUGGAGCCGAGGGAAAGGCAACGCAAAGCCAAACAUUGAGAUUGAAUAUGUACCUAGGAGGACGGAUGCUGGCGACAGCAGUCCAACUGACGGGCCCCGUAAAAUCAAUAUGAAAAUGAUGUAAGAACAACGUUAGAGCUGAAUGAACAGUUUCUUUGAAGCCAUGCAGCUCAUUAUGUGAUUAUUAAUAGAGAUAUAAAUAUCUUGAAAAAAAAGCCAACCCCUCAGUGUUUUAAGAUUUCCAUCAACAGGUUCCUAAAAAUGCACACCUGGAUGGAACUACUGGAACUCAUGUGUAUGUGGAUUUGUAUGGGCAAUAGAUUGUUUAAAACUGAGUACAAUUCACUUUAUUUUCUGUGUAAGCCAGAACUCAAAAGGCAGAUUGUUAUUCGGGUCUGUUUUUUUUGUCUGUGGUUUCUUGUACAUUGUUAUUUCUAUGUACAUAGGGCAAUGCACUUGUUGUAUGCUAAUGUUAAAAAGAUGUUCAUGGGCUGGUGAGCCUAUUAGCGUGCAUGUAUUGUAUAAGCACAGAUAAAAUACAUGUCAACUCAAAAGACAACACCACCAUAAAAUCUCCAUUGUGAUUUUGGUGACAGUUUGUAUUACAUAGCCCUUAUUACAUUGUAACAGUGCCAUUCAGUACCAUCCAACAUACUAGUUAUCAAUGUGAAAAAGCACAUUGAACCUUUGAACUACCAUACCCUUAACCCACCCCAACUGUAACUGUAGUGCAAAAUCGUAGUGUGCUGUUAUCAUUACUCAUCAUUACUCCAUAUAUUACAUUGUAGCAAGGGCUAUAUAAGGGAAACUGUGACCAUUUUGUUUAUACAAAAUGAGACAACUACAUUACGAAUAUUUGAAAUAUAUAAAAAAUAUGCUUGACAAUCAUAUUAUAAAGGUCAAGUGUGAAAUGCUUAAAAAAAAGUUCCAUGCCAAGUUAUUACUGAAUUAAUGACAUCCGCUUAAAUGUUUUUGGCCAAAUGUAGCUUUAUGUUUCUUAAGGCUACCCGGCAGAGAUACAUACGUGUGGUGAAUAGUGUGACACUUGGUAGCCAUAAUGUGAAGGACACACCUGGUAACACAAAAGCAUUCAAGUCUCUAUUUACAAGUUGGUUUGGUAAACUCUGCCUUUUCUUCUCCCUUGUUUUCAGCAUAACUAACAAACAUUGUAAAGCAGGGUUUUGUAUUUGUUGAGAACUGUCUUGUGCUGUUCUUGGUUUCACAAGCCAUGGGGAACUCUGGGGGAAGAGUGUUUAUCAAACCUUGAAAUGCCAUCCUCACUGAUUUUGGGGUACAAAAAAUGUACAACAUUAAAACGGUAAGCUUUUAUAAAAUGUCGAUUUUCUUUUCUCUUCAACCUCGCAUACAAAAGUGUGUAAGAAAUGAAUAAAUGGAAAUGACCUUAGCUUAAAGAAGUAACCGACUGAUUACUGACAGAAGGGUAUGAAUGUAAUGCAGUGUAAGCAUAUCAUUUGGUAAGUGUUGAUCCCCAUUUCAUAAAGCGAAACCAUCAUGUUCUGGUAUGUUUUGCACAAUAGUG